CUAAAUUUAAUUUUAAUGAGUUUAUGUUUCUCAUAAAAAUCUGAUUCUAUGUCAUUGACUUUAAAAAAAGGUUUAGUAUUGAUAUUAAUAUAAAGUACUUGAAGAAUAUAAUUAAUUAAAUGAAACAACUAAGGAACAUUAUGCUGUCAUUUUGAUUAAGGUGAUGAUAAAUUUGAUUACAAAUAGUAAAGGUAAAUCAAUUUUAAUAUAAAAGAGAUGACAAUGUAAGGUUUAACUCAUGAAAUAAAAACAGCAGGAGAAUAUUUAAUUAAUAAUGUUAAAGCUGGUCAUGGCAGAUCAGAAUUAGUAUUAAGAUCAACUUAAACUAUUUAUCAACAUUAUAUUAGUAAAGGCUUACAACACUUAAGGGCUGAUAGUAUGGAAGCCUUAAAGUAAUCACUUUUAGAAAUUUCAUAAGAACAAAUUGACAUUCUUGUACGAUCUAAAGAUAACAUUAAAACUUAAUGCUUAAAAUUCUUUAAUAAUAGAUUUGUAUUUAUAAAUUUUUAUCUUAGAAAGUUUUAGUAUUAGGAUAUUCAAAUGUUGUAUUAUAUUCUUUGAUAGAAGCAUUUAAGGCUGGGAUAGUUAUGCAAAUUUAUAUUCCUGAAUGUAGACCAAAAUCAGAAGGAAUAGAAACAUAUAGAUAAUUAACAGAAAUUGGAUAUCCUUGUAAAUUAAUAUUUGAUUCUGCUAUUGGAUAAGUUAUGGAAGAUAUAGAUAUGGUUUUGACAGGGGCAGAAGCUGUUGUUGAAAAUGGAGGUAUAAUAAAUAGAGUAGGAACUUAUACUACUGCUAUUUGUGCAAAAUUUUAAAAGAAACCUUUUUAUGUCUUAGCUGAAAGUUUUAAGUUUACUCGUCUAUUUCCAUUAUCAUAAAAAGAUUUAAGUGAUUCAAUAAGAUUUAGCUAAGAAGAACCAUGUUUUUCAGAAAAAUUGAAAUUGCCUGAUAAUUUAGAUGUAAUUUAAUUUAUAAUUUUUUUAGCUUAUCAAUCCAUUAUGUGAUUAUACUCCUCCUGAUUUAAUAACAUUAUUAUUCACAGAUUUAGGAGUUUUCACUCCUUCUGCUGUUUCAGAAGAAUUGAUUAAAAUAUUUAACACCUGAA